AUGGUGUGUCCGCUCGGGCUUUGGCGCGGAGCACUUCCGACACCACUUGCUCGGCCGCUUGUCGUGCGGCUCGUCGUUAUCGGUCGCAAGGAGCGCCUGCAUGAAGUCCAUGUCCUCCCGCUCGUCGUCCGCUUCCUCCGCCGCCUUCGGGGAAGUUACGGGUCCAGGGUCGCGCGCGAGUAUCAGGAUGAGAGAAGAGAAAGCCAGGAAGCGACCAAGCACGCCGCACAGCUCCCUGCCGACAUCCCCUUCCACCGCUCUGUCGACCGCGGCUUCGCGAAGGACCUCGAUGCCGCCUCUGCGCGCGUUCUCGCGCUUACAAACCGUCUGCUCGCUCUCGUCUCCACGACCGACUCUAGCGCGGCGGCAAAGAGGAAGGGAAAGGCGAGGCUGGAGAGCGAAGACGAUGUGGUGGAUAGUUUCCAUGCGAUGGUCGUGGACCCGGUGGACCAGUUGCUUGAGCGUGCAGAUAUUUGCUUGGACGAGUUUCUCGGCCGCUCGAAGCCCCCAGCGAUCACCGUGAACCCGGCGCAGCCCGCUGCACAGAAGACGAAGAGACCGAACGCCCCGCCCGGGAGGCUCGACCCUGCGCUGCAACAUGCCUCCACACUCGCGAAGCCGCAGCUCAGCUUCAAGCGAAGACCGGACAACGGGAACAUGUCAAUGUGGCAGCCCACACUCAAGCACAAGUACAAUGCGCAGGUGCCUCUUGGAUAUAACCUCAGGGACGAGGAUUCCGAAGAGGAUGUCUCUGGACCGAGCGCUCUUCACCCAUACCGCUACGAAAUCCGACACACGCCCUACCCCGCGCACAUGUUCGCCUCCGCCCCACCCAUCGCUCCGCGCUCCUUCGACGUGACGCCCUUCACAUGGGUGUCCACGCCCGCCGCGCUCACAGCGAUGCUCGAUAAGCUCCGCGGUGCGCGCGAAAUCGCGAUCGACCUCGAGCACCACAGCUACCGCACGUUCGCGGGGUUCGUGUGUCUAAUGCAGGUCAGCACGCGGGAGGAGGACUGGGUCGUGGACACGCUCGCGCUGAGGGAGGAGCUCGAGGCGCUGAAUGAGGUGUUUACGGAUCCGAGGAUCGUGCAGGUACUGCAUGGAGCUGAGAGCGACAUCGUGUGGCUCCAGCAGGACUUCAAUCUAUACAUCGUGAACCUCUUCGACACUUACCACGCGUCGAAGGUGCUUGACUUUCCCCGUCACAGCCUAGCGACUCUACUAGAAAUGUACUGCGACUUCACCGCGGACAAGAAGUACCAGCUCGCCGACUGGCGGAUCCGGCCCCUACCGGAGGAGAUGCUCGCCUACGCGCGCUCCGACACGCACUUCCUGCUCUACAUCUACGACAACCUCCGGAACGCUCUGCUCGACCGCGCCCAGAGCCAGUCGCGCUCCCAAUCGCGUGCGGGGACCCCGCCCUCGUCGCAGUCACAAUCACAAAAUCAGACCCAGAACCAGACGCCGCCUGCGCACGCACUCGUCCGCGAGGUGCUCGCGCGCUCGGAGGAGACGGCGCUGCGGGUGUACGAGAAGGAGCGGUACGACCACGAGGAGGGGAGCGGGCCCGGCGGGUGGGACACGCUCGCGCGGAAUGUGCACGUGGUGCAGAGGGCGGUGUACCGGUGCGUGCAUGCGUGGCGCAAUCGGGUGGCGAGGGAGGAAGACGAGAGCACGCGGUACGUGUUGCCGAACCAUUACUUGUUCGUGCUUGCGGAGAAGCCGCCGCCGGAUAUGGCAGCGCUGCUGUCGGUGUUCCACCCCGUGCCGCCGGUUGUGAGGCGGCGCGCGAAGGAGCUGCUGGACGCGAUCCGGGACGCGGUCAAGGGCGCCGCGAAGACGGCGACUGCGCCGGCGGGCGCGCCAGCCGACGCGUCUGUGGCUGGAGUGCAGAUUCCGGACGGGGGCGUUGAGAUGGCGGCCGAGGCGGCACCUGCGCAUGCGGGGCCCGUGAGCACUCCCACUCAUUCAACGGACCUGUGGGCGCAUGCAUCGCGGGCGCCCAAGGCGGGUGCUGCGGUGGCCUCCGCGCUGUUCAGCAACCCGGUGGUGGCGAGGGUGGAGGUGAAGGGAGGUGCGACGUUCGCCGCGGCGGGCAGUGCGCUGUUCGGGGAGGCGUCGCGGGUCGGUGCGCGGCCAUCGGGGGCGCCUGACACAAAGAUACGGUUCAGAGAAUUGGUGGCAAGAAUUCAUGGUACCCUUGUCAUCGCGCCAUCCGUGCCGGCUGUGGAGACUUCUGGGUCGCCUGUGCCAGAUGCGAACAAGGCCGUCAAGGAAGGCGCGGAUGCGGAUGGAGAGGGUGCUGCGGACUCGGGUCCAGCCGUGGAAGAGGCGGUCGAAAUACCAUUUGUGCCAGCUGCGCAGCGAACACGGACCGAGGCGGUGGAAGACGACUCGAUUGUGGUGGUCGGACAGCGUCGGGGGAAGAAGCGAAAAAGGGUGGCGAAGGGCGCAAAGGGUGACGGAGCAGAGGCGGUGGAGGCGUUUGACUAUGGAGCGGUGUCAAAUAUUCUGGACGAGGAGCCCGAGCCAGAUGCGGAGGACGCGGGCGCGAAGAAACGGAAAAAGAAACAAGUUGCUGGAUACCAGUACGGCGACUUUCCUGCGCCGCCGCCCGCGCGUGCGCAGCCGCAGAGCGGGAACCAGACACGGACGUUCCGGUAGAUAAUUAGGGUGGUUAGUUAUCAGAUAAGCACCUCAAUGAUAUCACCCCUGACGGAGCGGCUUAC